AUGGAACGCUUUAAAGAGUUGUGGCAAAGUGGUCUUCAUGCACGACAUAUUGACGAGCUCAUUAAUGACUCCUUCCAGGACUUUGCCCCGUACGCAGGGGCUGAGCACCAGCGCAUGUCUUUUGUUCGCCAACGCGACACUACGAUAAGCACUGCGGUUACCAUAGAGGACAGCGGCGAUUUAGCCUUCCAAACCCAGCACAUGCAGGUUGGCUCGAUGCUUUUCGGGACGACGGGAAACUAUCAAAUCAGCGGGGCCCUGCGUGUGCCACUCCCGUUGAGUUCGUCUUUUCCCGCCUCUACCAAGGAAAAGCGGGAAGCACCACUCCUGUUCAAUGCCCCGCAACCCCGACCAGAUUCUAGCCGUCGGUUCUUUUCCUCCUCACGUGGUGCACAGCUGAUGUAUGGAAUCAGCCAACCGCAUGCACUUUUCCCCCCUUCCGCUUUGUAUGGAACUACCUUCGGACAGGUCGAGUGGGAUCUAGAUGUUGCUGCGCCUUGGAGCGGCCGGCAUAUGUACGGCGCCCGAUGCGGCCCCCUCUCGGCACGUUUCACCUCCGCUCCAAACCCAUCCCGUGGAUCGGCCAGUAACGAAAAUAGCAGCGAUAACCUGAGCGGUGGAAAUCCCACAGACAGGACCGGGUCCUUCUGGCGACGCUCGACGUACACCUUCGACCUUUCUUGCUGUUUUCCCAUUAACCUAUUCGGCAAGGAACAGCCUGCUCAGAAUCCAGGUACUCCGGCAAAUAAUAACGCCGUAAACUCAAUAUCUCGGCAAGGACGUGCGGAAACCCAACAUGAUAACCAUCCCGAAGGGCCAGUGGCUCUCACCGUAGGCUUCCGGCAGCACUUCACAGUUGGGGAUACGCUUUUGGCGGUGGCCUUUCAGACUGAUCGCGCUAUAAUGAAUACGAUACGGCACUACGGCUGCCCGCAUGGGCUGGAUGCGGUGCCCGUACCUCUCCGAGUUUCCUCCACCAAAAUCAUUGAGUCUGAUAGAAAAGUUACAAGGGAUCUGGUUGAUGACGAAAGUAAUGGGGGAAACCGAGAAGCAGGUGUGUGGAACUUUUUCCGUAUCCCCGAAACAGCGGUUCAACUUUUGAUCCUGCAAACGCUUGCGACGUCAACAAAUCAGGCGCUCGACACAAGCGGCAACCCCACAAACGCAACCCUUCUCGGUACAUCCGGCUUUAGCAGCCGCUGGUCCUCACUGCGCGGUGCAAACCAAUCCAAAAGUUCCUCUAAACCCUGGUACUCUCUCCCAACCUUGGUGAGUUGCAAUAUUUCCUUCAUGAAACAACUCGUGCGGCUAAGCGUGGCUUCGAUAUUCCAUGACGAGAAGGUUGAUUUUGAGGCAGCGGUGGUAAUGGAUACGACACCACUGAUGCCGAGCACCCCGACACUUCUGAAGCUUGGCUUUAAUAAUGCUGGUCGGCUAGCGCUUGGCAUCACAUCGCUGUUUAAUGACGCACUAAGCGUUACACUUGGGGUGAAUGCUAUGCGCGGCAAGGAUAUGAGAUUCGGGAUUGAGGUCAAGGUCUGA